GUCACGUAGACAUUCACUUAGUGCUUAAAGACAUUACAGCUUCAGCUCCGAAAUGGAGUUUUACCAACAUUCUCCUGUGAAACUCCUGCUUUUAGCUGUCUGUCUUUCAAGUGUGCUGAAUCCAUGCUGUUCUUUGAACAACUGCACGUUCAAAUGUCACAAGCAUGCAGUCUGCAUAAACGACUCAAAACCUGCCUGCUUCUGUAAAGCAGGAUACACUGGUGACGGGAUCAACAGUUGUCACGAUGACGAUGAAUGUAAGAAUGUCACAGGUCCAAUAUGUGGUCCAAACGCCAUCUGUACCAACACUAAUGGAAGUUAUUACUGUACUUGUGAGUCUGGAUUUAAUUCAACUGGAAAACCAAACUUUCAAACCAAUGAUGGCACACACUGCAAAGAUAUUGAUGAGUGCAGAAAUGCCACUAUAUGUGGACCCUUCUCCAAAUGUCACAACCUAAACGGUUCGUUCAUUUGCUCGUGCAUGAGAGGUUACACAUCAACAGCUGGACCCUGGUUUAAGCCUAAAGAAGGAAGUGACUGCACAAAAAACCCAAAGAUCAACUGCCAUCAGGACCAAAGGUGUAUCAUAGAGACUGUUGACAGCACAGUGGAAAAAAUGAUUAAUCUGUCAACUCCGGAGCGCCUGAAAGAGAUAAGACUUCAAACAUCAGUUGACCUCUCUCCGGUUCUGCUCAUAUCAUACAUUGAGGCCAUGGCCAGGACUGUCCUAAAGCCUAGAGAUGAGCGAGAACAUCCUGAGGAGAAGAUCAAUCAAACCAUCACGGAUUUGGUUUUCAGUGUGAAUAAUUUGGUUGAGAGAAAUGAAACGGUGGAGUGGGAGAAGAUCAAUCCAGAUUUGAGGAAGUAUUACCUCACCACACUCCUUCACACAGCAGAGAAGCAAACGCUCGCCCUGUCUGCGGGUUACACACAUACUGCGCAGAUGCAGGUGGAUGCUGGGGAUGUAGAGAUGAAACUAUACACCUUUGAACCGCACAGAGCACCUAAGCAUCGAGUUUCAGCCACAGUUCAAGGAAACUCCAUUUCACUAUCGCCAAAGUACACAAAAGACAAAAGCAACAAUGAAAGCACCUCUAUUGUAUUUCUUGUCUAUAACAAUAUUGGGGGUCUUCUAAAGCCCACCGAUGACCCUGGGGUGGUCGAUUACUCCCGAUACGCAGCAGCUGGUGAAAUCACAGUAAAUUCACCCAUAAUUGCAGCAGCCAUCAGGAACCCAAAGGCGUUUCCGCUAAACGAUGUGACUUUUACUCUCAAACACACAGAGGAGAUAGACGCCGGCCUUGAUGAGACAAAAUGUGCAUUCUGGGAGUAUUCGCAAAACAUGAAUGGACGUUGGAGUUUGGAGGGGUGUAAACGUAUUCAUGUUAAUGCCACUCACACUUCCUGUUCCUGUAAUCACCUGACGCACUUCGCUGUUCUCAUGUCUUCUGCUCGGGCCAAUCAGCUUGCACACUAUAACGUUUUGACGAGAAUAACUCAGCUGGGAAUGGUCAUCUCCAUCAUCUGUCUGUCCAUGUGCAUCUUCACCUUCUGGUUCUUCAGAGACAUCCAGAACACCAGAACCACCAUCCACAAAAAUCUCUGCUGCAGUCUCUUCAUGGCCCAGUUCAUCUUCCUCAUCGGGAUCAACAAGAUCGCACACAAGUGGUUCUGUUCUCUCAUCGCGGGUCUCCUGCAUUAUUUCUUCCUGUCUGCGUUUGCGUGGAUGUGCAUCGAAGGGAUUCAUUUAUAUCUCAUCGUUGUUGGCGUCAUCUACAACAAAGGCUUCUUACAUAGAAACUUCUACUUAUUUGGCUAUGGGAGCCCGGCCGUGGUCGUAGCAAUAUCUGCAACACUUGGAUCCAAAUAUUAUGGCACCAAUACUGUGUGUUGGCUGAGCACAGAAAAUAAUUUCAUCUGGAGUUUCAUUGGACCAGCCUGUCUGAUCAUUCUUGUAAAUCUGCUGGCAUUUGCUGUGAUUAUGUUUAAGGUUUAUCGUCACACUGCUGUUAAGAAACCUGAAAUCAGUCAUUAUGAAAACAUCAGGUCAUGUGCGAGAGGAGCUAUAGCUCUCCUCUUUGUUCUGGGAGUUACCUGGACAUUGGGGGUUGUCCACAUCCUAUAUGAGACCACCCUAACGGCAUAUCUCUUUACAUUUGCCAACGCUUUCCAAGGGAUGUUUAUUUUUAUAUUCCUUUGUGUUCUUUCUAGGAGGAUUCAAGAGGAGUACUACAGAUUAUUCAAAAACAUCCCAUGUUGUUUUGAAUACCUGCGAUGAGCUUUUUCAAAAGGGAGACUAACUGCAAAGCUGUCCUGCAACUACUUUUAUAUUUACUGUAGCAUUGUAAAGAUGUAUGUGUGAGAGAGAUGUUUCUUUAGAUAUAGACCACUGGAUGAAGAGGUUUUAAAGAAACACACAGUAAUUUACAUCUAAAGUGAGAAGAUAUAUUUAUUUUUUUGAAAAAAAAAUAUUAAAAAAACGUUACUGCAUGCCAUAACCAUAGUUUCUAAAACAUCUAAGAUUAUCAAAAGUGAUUACAGUUAGUAGCUAAAGGUUUCACACACUGUAUAAAGUGAAAAGUUGGAUCAACUUAAAAAGUCAAGUUUAUUUAACUUUAAAGGCGAUAUAUCAUAAAAAUCUGACUUUUUCAUGUUUAAGUGCUAUAAUUGGGUCACUGGUGCUUCUAUCAACCUAGGAAAUGUGAAAAAGAUCAACCCAGUAACUUAGUUUUAGUAAACCGUUCUCUGCAUGUGAAAAAAUAGCUCAAUGAAAUCUGUUUCGCCUUGUGAUGUCAGAAGGGGUAAUAACACCUCUUAAUCUGCACUAUCCAAUCACGGCACUGCCAUUUAGUGCAAAGAGCAGGUCAUUUGCAUUUUAAAUGACACUCCCAAAACGGCACAUUUUUGCACACACCUACAAAGCGGCAAUUUUAACAUGCUAUAAUAAAUUAUCUGAUAUUUUGAGCUAAAACUUCACAUAUGUACUCUGGGAAAUUCAAAGAUUUAUUUGACAUCUUAAAAUAGUCUUGUAAAAUGGCCACUUUACGCAGUGGUGUAUACCCAUUUCUUUAUUAGAUGGCAUGGGGUAUACCCACUUCUAAAUUCGAAAAAUUGAUUAAUAAAAUUCAUUUUAUAAUGAUCUUUAUGCUAAGAAGUCAAGCAGCAGACGUUAAGAGAAAAUACUUGCUCAUUUUGGAGUGCAAGACUAGUCAUGUCACUUAGUUUUUAUAACACAGGGCAUUCAACUAGUUGGCCAGCUUAUGGAUCAGAAACCCAAGGGGUUGUGCACACUUUUAAACGCCUGGAGGACACUGAAUUACAGCUGUUUUUCAGCUCAGUGCCAGCUUUCUUCAGCCGAGCUCUUUGGUAGCUGUGAUACUUCAGCUGUGAGCCGGUUGGUUGCUGUGGUAAUGUCCCGCCCCUCCUCCACUCUGAUUGGACAGCCGUGUGAGAACUAACAUUGACGAGUGGAGCUUUUCACCCAAAGUUAAAUGUAUAUUUUUCAACUCUCGGCGCCCAGCGUGGAAGAAAACCACUAGCUGCUUUUUAAAAAAACAAUUGAAAACAUGCGCUGGCCGCGGGGGCGUAAAAGCUUUGGUGUGCAUGCCCCUUAAGGGUAUGCCCACUUCUCUGGGCACCACUACAACAUUGCCUUUAAGUAAAAAAAUAGGUGUUACCAAUUGAAGUAAAUUAAGUAAUCCAACUUUUAAAUUUUUACAGUGCAUUUAGUAGCCUAACAUUUGUCUUAUGGAAAAGAUGCUUUGAUAUGUACAGUAUUCUCGACUAAUAAAAUGAUUUCUGUUCAUGUGUA